UAUUUUGUCUUCAUAACUCACGGAAAGCAAAAAUUAGGGUUUUGCGAGUGGUGCAGAAGGUUGGAACUUUUAAGAGCUUUGACAUUCCCCUGCCUCCACUACCAAUCUUUAGAGCUUCCUCUGAGUUCUUAAUCAUGGCUGAACAGACGGAGAAGGCAUUUCUGAAGCAACCCAAAGUGUUUUUAUGCUCUAAGAAGUCUGGGAAGGGGAAGAGGCCUGGAAAGGGUGGGAACCGCUAUUGGAAGAGCAUUGGACUUGGGUUCAAGACUCCUAGAGAAGCCAUUGAAGGAACUUUUAUUGAUAAGAAAUGCCCCUUCACUGGCAAUGUGUCCAUCAGGGGUCGUAUCCUAGCUGGAACAUGCCACAGUGCCAAAAUGACGAGGACCAUUAUUGUCCGAAGGAACUAUCUUCACUUCGUGAAAAAAUAUCAAAGAUAUGAGAAGAGGCACUCAAACAUUCCUGCACACGUAUCCCCUUGCUUCCGUGUCAAGGAAGGAGAUCAUGUCAUUAUUGGCCAGUGCAGGCCUCUCUCAAAGACGGUGAGGUUCAAUGUGUUGAAGGUGAUACCUGCUGGAUCUUCCGGUGGUGGCAAAAAGGCUUUUACAGGAAUGUGAGGCAUGUCUUCCACUUUUCAUGAUGAGGCUGAGUGUUAUAUGCAUUAUGGACUUAUUAAUUUUGUGAGAAAAACUUAAUUUGAACAUCAUCAAUAUUAGCUGUUUGUUUAAACAUUGGUUUUUCCCUGAAUAUGAAAUUGAAUGUUGGAGUUUCUGAUGGUAUUUGGUAGGCCAUGGGUUUACAAAGGUGUUUGGAAUCUAUGCUAUCGUUGAUAUGUUGAAAUCUGUUGUUGCAUCUGCUUGUUUCCCUGGAAUUAAUAAUGUCUGUUUUUUUUUUCCCUUGACGGGCUAAUAAAUCAGCUUUAGGUAUGUAUUCCAUUGAAAUUUGUAAUUCAUUCAACAAUCAUCAAGGCACUUGUAAUACAUUCUUUCCAGGGCAUACCAUUGUACUCUAUUGAGGCACUUAGGCAUACCUUAACCCAACCAACAUCACCGAAUAUCUGCCUUCUACCUUUGUUAUAUUCUCAACCCAUUCAUAUAAACAGAAGCAAGAUAGAAGAGUUCAAUUAUAAUACUUGGAGUGAAAUACAAAAGAAUUUGGACCAUCACUUCAAUCAUCCCUGUGAAAAGCAAAAGCCACCAAGCUCCUUUCGUUUGGGAAGUUACCUACUAGCAUGAUUUGACCCCUGACUCGCAUCUAGCAAAAGUUCCAUUUUUUCUUAUAUGAACUUUUUUGGUGUUGGUCUUUUGGAAUUAAAUAUCUAUAAGUAUGAUAUUUUAUUAAACUUUGUUUCUUCUGUAUUGUAGUUUUUGGCUUAUUUUUCAAACUACCAUUUUUUCUAUGAAAGAACCAUGAACCAACAGGAGAUUGAGAUAUAAGUCAGAUUACUAUGCUGAUAUAAAUUAAGAAUAAACAGAAGGGUAACUGCUGGGAUUUUUUUUUCCCGGUGUGGGGGGUUUGGGGAAUUCCCAAAAUUCAAAGAGGAAUGCAACAUGCUAAAAGCAAACCAGACAAGCAUCAUAGCAGCGUUUAUUAUACUCAUCAUUGCAUACAUAUCAUAUUCCUACCGAAUGAAAUAACACAGUACAGGCUUAGCCUGCCUUACAGUAGUAAUAUUUAUAGCAAACUAAUAGUUAUGCAUUAGCUUCAAGUUGCUCCAUUUUCAGUGGUGGUGGUGAUGAUGGUCAGGAGGAGGUGGUUUGUAUGGCUCAGGAGGGGCGGGUGCAUGAGGAGGUGGUGGUGGUUCAUGAUGUGGAGGAGGUGGUGGUGGUUCAUGAUGUGGAGGAGGUGUUGGUUCAUGAUGAUGAGUUGCUUCAGGUGGUGGAUGUGGCGGCUCAUGCGGAGGUGGGUGGUGCGGAUCAGGUGGUGGUGGUGGUCGAUUUUGCAUCUUCUAGCUUCUUUGCUUCUUCCUGUUACGGUUGUGUCUGCUGCUGCUGCUGCUGCUGGUGUGGAGAAACCUCAGUUGAGAGCUUCUGAACUUAUAACGUGGCCAUGAUGAUCAAACCUACCAGUCAGACCAAAUGCUUUUGGUGGGUCUCUCUACCUAAAAAUUACAAGGUUAUCUAAACCAUACGUUCAGUUAGGAUAAGCUCGUAAAUUGAUAGCUUCUUUUUGUGGAUGGAUGGAUCGGACUCGACCUUGACCUUGACGUUGAUGCGGCGAUAAUGAACACGGAAACUGUAGAAAAAAUAAAAAUGUAUUUUGUAAUAAAUUGUAAAUAUAAGAUGUAGAACACAAAAUUUAUCAAUUUGUGAGGUUUAAACGGCAUAAUUUGACAAAAAAACAACUUAAAU